GAGCUGGUUCAGUGCCUCGAAACUGGCCUCAUUUACCGCUGUGCCAAGCAAUGUGUAGUGGCUCUUACAAUGUGCACGGUGGAGAUGCCUGACAUCAUGAUCAAGCUACUUCCUGCUCUUAUUGUCAAGCUCACCCACAUCUCUGCCACUGUUGCCAUGGCGUCUCCUAUGCUUGAGUUCCUCUCCACUCUGGUGCGCCUGCCCCGUCUCUAUGCCAACUUUGUAGCUGAGCAGUAUGUCAGUGUGUUUGCAAUCUCCCUACCAUACACUAAUCCCUCCAAGUUCAACCAGUACAUUGUGUCACUGGCCCACCAUGUGAUUGCUAUGUGGUUCAUACGCUGCAGACUUCCCUUCCGCAAAGACUUUGUUCAGUACAUCACAAAGGGUUUGCGUUCCAACGCCCUGCUGCCAUUUGAUGACGGACAUGAGCAGAGUCCAUUUCGUGCCCGAAGCACCAGCCUCAAUGAAAGACCCAAGAGUCUGCGGGCGGCAAAAGUGGCGAAGGCAGCAGCGGCGGUAGCCAAUAGCAGCAGCUCUCCUGUUAAAGAGCUGAGGGACCUGUCAGCCAUGGACGCGUUCCGCUCCCGCAGCAUCAGUGUCUCCGAACAUGCGGUCCGCAGGUUAGAGAAGAGCCUUCUGGGUAACAAAAAACAACAGCAACCCAAACACUUGUUGCUUCCUCCAUGGGAUGGUUGAGGGUGUAGGUUCAUU